AGACUGAAGCCCAGUGUUUAUUUUCUAGGUCAACUUAUUCCGCUCCGCCUUGGGUCAGCUAGCUAGGACCAGCAACUCCUUUCUUGAUCAACUGAACCUAGGAGUUGCCUGUCCAUGUCACUCGUUUUCAGCAACAGCGGCAUUACUCGUUGCAUGUCGAAGGGUGACUGCCGCCGUGGCGAAAUGUUGACCAGAAGCUUUAGUCGGACCGUUUUAUAGCUAACGUUAGCACGUCGUAACAGUGUACUUGCUGUCGAGCCUGUCUCCCGCUGACCCGACAUUCGUUUUAGCUUAGCGUACUUAACUGACUGCUAACUUUCCACUGUCUGUCUCCACUUGCCAGCACCCUCUUAGGUAGGUAACCAAUGGGCGCUUGCGCGGGAAAAGAGGCCCCGCGACCAUCCGACCAUUCGAACUACGCAGGACAGACUUCGCAGCAACAACAUCAACAACACCAGCAGCAGCAGCAACACCAGCAGCAGCAACAGCAACAGCAGCAGCCACAGCAGCAGCAGCCGCCCCCGCCUAGCAAUGUCGCACCAAACCAAAACUCAUCCGCAGAUUCUGCGGUUGCAGCGGUUCCAAAUCAGCCCGCCGCUCCUCCCGGGCAGCCGCGAAACGACGUCGUUCUCCGCAACCCCUUUCCGGAAAUGGUCGACCGAUCCAUUGGGGAGUUUUACGUCUUAGGCCGCGAGCUAGGCCGGGGCGAGUUCGGCGUGACGUGCCUCGCGACGAACAAAGUCUCGGGCGAGCAGGUCGCGGUUAAGUCCAUCCCGAAACGGAAAUUAAAGACCGCGGUGGAUAUCGAGGAUGUGCGGCGCGAGGUGGCGAUUAUGCACCACUUGCCGCCGCAUCCUAACAUCGUGGGUCUUAAAGGUGUAUUUGAGGACCGGCACGCGGUGCACAUCGUCCAGGAGCUCUGCGAAGGCGGCGAGCUGUUCGAGCGGAUUAUAGCGAGGGGGCAUUAUAGCGAGCGAGCGGCGGCUGUUAUCACACGGACGAUUGUGGAAGUCGUGCAGGUGUGCCACAAGCACGGAGUGAUGCACCGGGACUUAAAGCCCGAGAACUUUCUCUUCGCCAGCAAUGAGGAGGAUGCAGCGUUGCGAGCCAUCGACUUCGGCCUUUCCAUCAUGUUCAAGCAGGGCGAGACGCUGAGCGAGAUAGUGGGCAGCCCCUACUACAUGGCGCCGGAGGUGCUGCGCAAGAACUACGGCCCGCUGGCGGACGUGUGGAGCGCGGGGGUCAUCCUCUAUAUCCUGCUCUGCGGCGUGCCCCCCUUCUGGGCUGAGACGGAGCAGGGAGUGGCCCAGGCGGUGCUGCGGUCGCAGGUGGACCUGAAGCGGGACCCGUGGCCCAAGGUGUCGGACGGCGCCAAGCACCUCGUCAUGCUCAUGCUGCAGCCCGACACCUCCAAGCGCCCCACCGCGCAGCAAGUCCUCCAGCACCCGUGGCUGCGGGACGCCAACGAGGCGCCGGACACGCCGCUGGGAGUGGAGGUGCUGUCGCGCAUGCAGUCGUUCCAAGCAAUGAACAAGCUCAAGAAGAAGGCGCUCAAGGUGAUAGCGGACCAGCUGUCGUCAGCGGAGGAGAUGCAGGGGCUGCAGGAGGUGUUCAAGAUCAUCGACGAGAAUGGCGACGGCACACUCACCCUCGAGGAGCUGCGCAACGGGCUCCGCCGCAUCGGCUCGCCGCUCUCCGACGCCGAAGUGCAGGCGCUCAUGGACGCGGCGGACAUCGACGGCAACGGCGAGAUUGACUACAGCGAGUUUGUAGCCGCCACGAUGCAUCUGCAGCGUGUGGACAACGAGAAGAACCUGCAGGCGGCGUUUGACUUCUUUGACUCGGACCGCAGCGGGUUCAUCGACAUCGAGGAGCUGGCGGACGCGCUGGGAGCCGACCUCACGUCACUCAAGGAGAUUCUCGCUGAGGUGGACACCAACAAUGAUGGCAAGAUCAGUUUCGACGAGUUCAAGGUUAUGAUGCGGAAGGGCACGGACCUGCGGGGCAGUCUAAGGCACUUCUCCAAGAGCCGCUCCUCACUGCGCGCGCUGCUCAAGCUCAGCGAGAUCGACCUGGCUGGCGGGGGCACUGAAGAGUUGCCUCAAAACUAGUCCAAGGCACUUUUUCAAGAGCUGCUCUUCCGUGCCCCUCUCUGGCUGGAAGUACUGAUGGAGGCCGGCUGAUUCUUAACAGCAGGUUUUUAAGAAAUUGGUGGCAGCAGUGGGUUGGACUGACAGCUUCUGAACCUGUUCCAAUUUGUUUAUAUAGAUGGGUAUGAAUGAAAUGCCUAGGUAGUUACCGCCAAUUCCUCGUUUCUAGCCUGAAGUGGAGUGUCUGCUGCUUUACUUUGUAGCUUAAGUUUGCUGUGCGUAACUGUGUUGUAGUGGCAUGGAUGGAGCUGACUUUAGUCGUUUUAGGUUCAGCUUUAGUUCUAACAUUGUAUUGAUGGGUAAAAUCAUCAUUC